ACUACGCCACUGUCGGAGUGUCGGAUGUCGGAUUGGUGACAGAUUUUGAUUUUGACAACAAAUUAAGGUUAAAAUAACAAAGUAAUUUUUAGAAUGUUUACAUUUUUAUUUUUUUAUGAUGUUAAUUAAUGUUUUUAUUAUUCCUUUUUUAUUAUUACAAAUUUUACCAAUAAAUAGUGAAGAACAGGAGCCUUUCGAUCCUCGAGGCCCAUUAGUCAAUUGUAGCUUUCUUUCAUUUGAAUUCAUAGAAUGUCAGGACCCAGUAGACCACAAAGGCAAUAAGACAGCCAAAGAGGAACUUAAAUAUGGUUGUGUUAAAUUUGGUGGGAUGAAAUAUCACGACGUGGAAAGGACUAAAGUAGUGUGUACUGCUUUACCAUCUAUAGAAUGUCAUGGAAACCGAACUUUCUUCAGAGAAGGUGUUCCUUGUAUAAAGUACUCCAACCAGUACUUUACUACCACUUUAUUGUACAGUAUUCUAUUAGGCUUUUUAGGAAUGGAUAGAUUUUGUUUAGGACAGACUGGAACAGCUGUAGGAAAGUUACUUACGAUUGGAGGUUUAGGAGUGUGGUGGAUAGUUGAUAUUGUUUUACUUGUUAUGAACUACCUAACUCCAGAAGAUGACAGUAGCUGGAAUCCAUAUGUAUAAAUUAUGUGAAUUUUAUUUGAUUUCUUGUUUAGAGAUAUUAUAAUGAAUAAUCCCAAUGAAUAUGUUUUUGUGCAUUUUCACUAUUUUAAGAAAUAAAUAACACAGAAUAUAUUGA